AUGGAGCGGAACUGUCAAGUUUGUUUAGGUGAAAAUGAGCAACGCGAAUUAUACUUCCGAUGUUAUUUCAAAAUAAAAGCAGCGUAAUCAGAAAUCUCAAGUUUUUACUCGCGCCGUUGGUCUCGGACUUUAAUUUUGGAGUCUAGUAGCGGAAGCUUAUUGUUUUGUAUUGAUGUAAAGCUGCAGAUACCACAGAAUAAGAACAUGACUACAUUUAGUCGAGUUUAGGUUUAUAUUCAACAGUAGCGCUAUCCUCAGGAAACAGGAGGAAACGACAGAAGUGGUGAUGAUACCGCCUCAAAUUUUGUUAUUGACAAACACUGAUUUCAAUGAGGACGGACGGAAAUUUGAUUGAUCUUUCAUCCUGAUUAAACACUGUGAUGGUGGCUAAAGGUUUAUCCUUUAUGUCGAAUCAAGCAGACAGAAGCUUGAUUUUCAAGAUCUUAUUCAAAUUCAUCAUUAAAUAAAUGCAUUUAAAAAAUAAUGAGAAUGUUAGACUGCGGCAUUUCAAAUGACAAAAAUCAUGGAGAUUAGCAAAAUGUUGUAACCUAUUUGGAGAGCUUUGCAUUAAAGGGAUAUUCUGGUGUAAAAUUAAGAAAGAGACUAAACACAACUCACCUACUCUCUUCCAGCAGCCGCUUGUUUGUAGCAAGACCUCGGGCCAGUCCAUUACCGAGUGCAGUGGGGUGAUGCAGCUCAAGGAAGAACAUUUAUGAUCAUUACUUUAUCAUGUACUUGAAGUAAUAAUCACCAUAAUAAUCAUUUUGCACUGCAGACGCAGUAGUUCUUCUGCCUUAGCGUCUCGGUCUGAUUGCAUUUCCACUAAGAAAUGAUCAUAAAUGUUCUUCCUUGAGCUGCUUCACCCUGCAGAAGUCCAUAAUGGACUGGCCUGAGGUCUUGCUACAAACAAGAGGCUGCUGGAAGAGAGUAGGUGAGUUGUGUUUAGUCUCUUUGCUGAAGAAAUCAGGCAAAGUUAAAAAGAUGUUUGAUGGCUAGUUCUAUGGCUGGGACCCUAUAUGUAAUGUUGAUGAAGUUAGGUGCUGUACUGAGCAUUAUUUGUGGCUAUAGAGUGGUGUUUUGGUUGAGGUUUGUUUAUGGCUCCUCAGACCACUGUGUAUUGCUAUCAUGCGGCCGUUACUGAAGUUGGUAUAACUAGAGAGGCAAGCGGUAGGCAACAUUCAUCUCUUGAGGGGGUAUCUAACUCACAGGACAGUUGAACCCUCAAAUCUUCAGAGAGGAGGAGAGCUGGAACAUGAAUUCGCCUGUGGCCGGACAGCGGGCUGGCUGGACCUAAGUCAUGAUUUCAAGUUUUGAAAUGUCAAGUAUUGAUUCAUCAGCCUACAGGACAGUUUUCUUCGUCCCCUCAGUCCACCUUAAAGGUCCAGGUCCAGAGAAGUCUCCGGUGAUUCUGGAUCCAGUUUUUAUCUGAUAUCGUCUUUGCAUGGUUUGCAUGGAGCAGAGAUUUUUCGUAAAACAAUAACAUUUUAUAGUUUCAGUAUUUGGUGUGUGGUCUUUGCUUUGUUAAAUACUGACUUUGAAUAUUUUUUAAACCAUUACCUUUUGUUGUGUUUUCAGUGUUUCACAGCUGAAAAGUGUUUUAUAGAGAUAAAUUCAGAGUAUGGCUAACUCAGUUAAACACACUCUGACCUUCACACCUCUGUCAGCUGACAGCUUCAAUCUGACUGUUUCAUAGUGUGAUGAAUCUAUGUAUGUUUUCUAAGUGUCUGUGAUUAAAGGAGGUUUGUGCUGCAGUUGUGAUCUGCAGGCUGCUGACAGAGAGAGGAACUGAGAAAGGAAGCGCUGACUGACUUCCUGACAUGUUGGCUGACUCUCAAACGGACGGACAGCGACAGACACUCUCUCUCUGCUGUUGUAUUGGGGGUGUGAAGCUGCUUUACUCACUGACUGAGUCCACUCAGGCUGGACCCUCUGAGCACAGCAUGGACAGUCAGCAGCUUUAUUUGUUUGCUGACUGAUUAUUAACCUAAAAACGGGUCCUGAUAGUUCUACAGCCUCAAUAUGAAGACUGACAGAGCGGCAGAGAAACAGAAAAUCAAACAGGCUUAUCCCAAUACUUAGAAGGAGAAACAGGCUUCUAGUAAGAGUAGUAUCUGUAAAUCUAGUUUAUAAUAAUGUUUUUGCAUCCUGAAGUCAAGGUCAGGCAGUCCCACAAACAGUCAGAGCAUUCAGCCUGUUUCAUUAUUCAGUUUCAAACAGCAUGGCAGGAAAAACCCAUGUAGGCUGAAAAAACAUAAAAAUCAGAAGAAAUUAUUAUUAUUAUUAUUAUUAUUAUUAUUAUUAUUAUUAUUAUUAUUAUUAUUAUUAUUUAAUUAAUUAAUUAAAAAUUCAUUUCAAAAUCUUUAAAAAAUUAUCUAUUUUUUAUUUUUAUUAUUUUUUAAUUAUAUAAUCAUUUUCAUUUUUAAUGUUUAUUUCUACUUAUAUUUUGACUAAUCAACAUAAUCGUUAUUUUAUUUGGGAUUUUUAUUAUUACUUUAAUUUUUUUUUUUUCAUUUUUGUGAUACUUAUCAUUACAUUAGUGUAUUUUGUCAUAAUUAUUUUCAUUAUUUAAAAAAUAUAUUUUUAUUAUGAAUAAAAAUUACAAGGCUAUUAUUUCACUGUGUAGAUUUUUUUUCUGUUUCGUCACCACAUUAUUUUAGCAUCAGGACUCUAGAGGCAAGAGGCUGAGUGGUGCCCCCCCUAAAAACAGCAUAUGGGGCCAACCGUGGCCCCAAGGCUACUUGAUGGGAAUUUCUUCAUAAAUGAAAAAGACAUUUAUUCAUCUGCUGCAUAAAAACAAAUGUAUAUUUUUCCUCUUUUUCUGUUUUUGUCAAACCUAAAUUAUAAUCUAAAAUUGUCUCCCUCGGAACACGUGUAAAAAUAUAGGUCAGCUUAGCCUUCCUCAAUGGGACUUUUAUUUUGAAGGGGCCACAGUCACUGGCUCUUCCUAUCUCCUGGACAGGGACUGAGGAUCGGCGGGGGCGCGUGACGGUCCGGAGUUCUGAUCAUCUUACGGGUCUACCGGAAAUGUCAACCGGACCGGAGCAGGACAUCGGCUGCAGCUGGAGCCGGAGGAGACAGGCUUCAAACGGGCAGCGGGUCCGAGAGGGUCCGGAAAGGUCCCGGGGAUCCAGCAGAGCAGGUACUACAGUUUGACAUGACCCGGAUUUCUAAAGUUGAAAUUAACAUGGGUUUGAGUGGAGGAGCUCCCUGAACACAUGAUCGAAUAUUUUACCGGUUAAAAACUGAAAUGGUUAACCGAUAUAGUGUUUGAGUUUCAGUUUACAAGAGUUCAGAGCAGAAACAGAGUGAAUGAGUAUAGUUGAAAUUCAGAAGUUCGUUUGUGUUUCAAGUUUAAACUCAGUUUGAAUGAUCUCAGCAGAAAUCCUGAGGAUCACCCUGAUCAGAGACUUCCAUGAAGGAGAGUUAAAAACUUUGACCUGUUUGAAUGUGAGAGGACAGAGGGAUUUUUUUCUCCUCUGCAGAAUAUUCAAUGGAAAGUUUAAUCCUCAACUGUAUGGGAUUAUGAGGAAGUUGAUCAAAAGUUUGAUUUAAAGGAGUCUCAGAAACAGUGAUGAUUAUUCUGAACCUCCUCCUUAUCUGAUAGUCUCCAUCUCUUCUUCUUCUCCUCCUCCUCUUUCUCCUUCUUGAUGUUUGUCAGUGCGAGGUUCCUGCAAAGACACCUCCAGUCUGAAGAGGUCUCUGUCCACACCUGAGGACACCUGUCCGACAGGUAGGCUCUGCUCCUUACAGCCUGUUUUCCCUGUUUCCUUGCUGCCUGUAUGUGCUGGAUGUGUGGUCAUAAAGUGAAGACAUUCUGGCAGAGAUUAGGUAUGCACCGAUCCGAUAGUUGGAUCGGAUAUCGGCUCUGAUAUUGACAAAUUAACUGGAUCGGAUAUCUGAUAAAUGAUGCCGAUCCAGUGUUCUGAACCAGUCUUUUUUUUUUCUUUUAAUUAAUAUCAUACACAGCAACACAGCGAUUCUGUUCACUUCAUAUUCUAUGUCUGUCUCUCCCUUUGCACUAAAUGUUUACAUGGAAGUUUUACCUCUUUUUGCUGUGUGCUAAUGUGCAAUUUGUUUUUUGUUAAUAAAUAAUAAGUCAAUUUAUAUCUGUGUUAAUUUGUUAUCUUUUUUUAACAAGGCUAAUGUCAAGCCUGAUGCCUUCACUCACACGGGAAGGUAUUCAUUCAUUCAACAGCAGUAUUGGAUCGGUAUCAGAUACUGACCGAUAUGCUCAGCCCAGGUAUCGGUAUCGGAUUGGAUCGGAAAAAAAUGGAUCAGUGCAUCUCUAGCAGAGAUAAGACAACCAAUCAGAGUGAUCACAGAUGGAUCAGCUGACUGAGAGUUCUAUUGUCUGUGAGUCAGAUCAGGGACAGAAAUGAAGACCUGGGCUCAGGAGGGUUGAACUUAACUGAGCUCCACAGUGAUCCUGUGAAGCUAACAUUAUAAGACAGGAUCGUUAACAUGCAGACCACCCCACCAAAGAACGCUUCAUUAACCUGAGUGACCCGCUCUCAGCUCUGUCAGCCUCUUCAGUCACAGACUGAUCUAUUUUACAAUUUUGACAGGGGGAGAAGCCUCAGAUGAAGACCGCUCAGCGUCUCUGAUGACCUGUGUUCAGUUUUCUUCCUCUCUUUACUUCAGGACUCUGUGGUCUGUCCUACUCUCCUCUGAUACAGUGAGGUAAGGUGUCAAGUUGGACAGAAGUCUGGGAUUUUAGCUACUCUCUAGUCAGGUGAAACACCUGUCAGUUACACUGAGACUCCGUCCACUCAGCUGCCCACCUGACUCAGGUGAGGUAUAAACCUGAGUGAGGAGGAGGAUCCAAGAAACCAGAGGUGGUUCAGGGUAAUGACUUUUAUACCUGUUUUAUUGAGACUGAGUCAUGAGACUGACAUGAGCAGAGAGCUGUCAGGUGAGCUGUCAGGUGAGAGGAUGGUUUGAACCUGGACCCUGUGGCUCUGUGUGGUCACUCAUUAAUCUGAGGUUCAGUCUGGGCUUCUUUUUAAUCACAAACUGAGUUCACUGGAAAAAAAAUGGAGAUCUGUUGAUUUGAUCCUCUCAUGAUCUUUAUGCCUGAAACACCAUGAAGUUCCUGUUCCUCAGACUCUCAGGUACUCACCUGAAGAGUCAAACCUGCUCACCUGUUCAGGCUAAUUCAGCUUUAUUUGGGUCUGAGUCAUAAGGGAUCCUCUUGUCUCUCAGGGACUGAUGAAUUUCUUAUUGUUGUUGUUGAUUUUUAGUGGUUGUUGUGUUUGUUGUUGUAGUUGUAGUCAUCUAUGUUGCUAUUUUAGCUGUUGUUGCCACAGUUGUAGAUUUCAAACCUGAAAUCUUGGGUUCCUCUGUCUUGAUGAUCUGGCUCUGUUUGCAUCAGACUGCAGGUUUAUGAACUUUGCUUCCAGGUAUUCUGACCUUCUUAUAUGACUGUGAGCUGGUCACGUCCUAAACUUACCUAGGGCUGUGGUGAUCCAGGGCUCAUCUUUAUUAUCAGUGUGUUUACAGCAGACACAUCCUAACAGUACUCAGGCAUCUCCUGGGUCAGGUGGGACAGGUAGCAGAGAAGUUCAUCCUAAGGAGGAGCUCCUGAAGUCUGUCCAACUGUGGAAAACAAAGUUCCUGUCAGAGUGUCAGCAGCUGAGAAUCAACUAGACAUGAGCUGGAGAUGAACAGUGUGCCAGAGUCUGCCUAAAAUUAAAGAGGUGAUUUUAUCUGUAAAUUAUAAAAUAUAAUCAAUAAUAGUGUGUGUGUGUUUGUGUGUGUGUAGCUCUGCCUGUCCUCCUGCAGUGUGUUGGGGGUGCAGAUCGUCUUCCUGCAGACGACUCACAGCAGGAAGCUCUGAGAGGAAAACUGAGAAUCCUGCAGACUGACAGCAGAGAGGUCACCGCUCUGUUCACGGUAUACACACUCAAAAACACACACACUGAUUUCCUGUGUGACUGUUGAUGAAUCAGGAUGUUUUGUAGCUCCGGUGUCAGAGGCCAAACGUCUCUCAGCUCCGUGUUAAAGCUCCUCUGAGGAACGUGUCUUAUCAUGAACUGAUCCUGCUGAUUGUUGACAGUCAGAUGUUUCAAUAUCAAAUAAUGGAAACAGUCAAUGUAACCAUUUUACUCAAAAAAAGACCUAUUUCACUUUCAGACAAACAUCUUUAACCUCUGACGCAUCAGACUUUUGAUAUUUUAUGACUUUAUGACUUUUAUAGACAUAUGGAAGCCCAGAAGUUCAGAUCAGAUCAUCAUCAUAGGGUAUAUUGUUGUGUCCUAUGGCUGGUAUCAUUGGUGUGUCUCUUCUGUUGUUCUGUGUGCAGGAGCUCUCUGCUCAUCUCCUCUCCAUCAACAGUGAGGAAAACGCAUUUUACGUCACAUUCAAAACUCUGGAGGAAAUAUGGAAGUUCACCACCUAUUACACUACAGGUAGGUGUGAGAGACCUGAAAACAGGUUGUCUUUCUGGUUGCGUCUGAGAGUGAAGUUUAACCCUCAGAGGAUGAUUGAAAACCUUCAGUUCAGCCUAUCAGAGUGUAUUUCCAUCUCUGUCUGAACAUAGUCAUGGUGUUUCUAAUCCUUAACUAACCUGGAGACAAUCUCUGUGGUUCCUCCUGCAGGGUUCCUGGCUCUCUGUCUGGAGAACCUGCUGCUGGAGCAGAAGUCCUGGCUCAGUCCCCCAGAGGACCAGGUCUCUGUGGAAGUCUCAUUUCAGGAGGAGACUCUGGGUUUGAUGUACAGAGGGAUUCUCAUGCAGGAGGGUACGCCGGACAGCUGUGUCUGCAGAGACUAAAAACCACACACCUUUAACUCUUAUCGUGUUACCCUAAUCACCUUUAACCCCUUCCUAACCAAUCACCUCCCAUCCUUAACUAACCAAUCACAAUAAACCAUUAACUAACUAAUCACCUUUAACCCUUAGCUGGCCAGUCAAAUCAAACCAUCAGCUAACCAAUCACAAUUAACUAACUAACUAUCUAGUAGUAUUGCCAAUAAUAUAUAAAGGGUUAACAGUAACGUGCAUUUCCUCUUAUCAGGUUCUCUGUUCGCCAGCUGCAGCACCAACCAGAUGUUUGACAGCUCCACCUCUGGAGGAGACUUGUACCUGGAGCAGGGGGACAUAGCCCAGUUUGAGCCCCCAUUCCUAGGCUCGGGAUGGACCGUCCUCUGCUUGUCUGAUGGAUCCAGAGGCACGGCGCCCAGACCUGCCCUGGAGCCAGUCCACCCAUUCCACCAGUGAGUAUGAUCACAUGACCCAGCAGCCUCUCUCUGAUCGGUGCAGGAAGUGAAGAGAUCUGUGGUCACAUGUACAAAAGCAUUUGCUGAAUGAUAUUGUAAUACUGUAAUACUGUAACACUGUAAAACUGUAACACGCUAACAUUGUAACAUGGUAACAUUAAAACGCUGUAACUUUGUAACACUCUAAUACUGUAAUAUUGUAACAUGGUAACAUGGAAACACUAUAACUUUUUAACACUGUAACACACUAACACUGUAACAUUGUAACACUCUAAUACUGUUGUAUUGUAACAUGGUAACAUUGUAACACAGUAACAUGCUAACAUUGUAAUGUGGUAACCCUGUAACAUUGUAACAUUAUCUGUCUGUCCUCAGGUGGUUCCUGAAAUCUGCAGCAGAGAGCGUCUUGGUGGGUGAUGGCAAACCAUCCUGUGACUUCCCUCUGCAGUUUGGUGAGAACAUGAUGCUGAUCACUGCUGCUUUCACCUGUCUUCUCCUUACGGACAGGGACAGGGUAGGGUCAGGGUUUAGAGUAAGAGGAUGACAGACAGCCAACUGCAGAGGGUUGGGGUCAAACCCACGCUCUCUGCUUUGUGGACUGUGGCUGAACUGGACUCUCAUUUACAAACUGCCAUACAAUUUUAAAGAUGUAAGUGAACAGUGUUUUGUUGUCUGCUUUGUGUUCAGCCACUCAGCUUGUCUCCAAAGGUGUUUGAGCUGAAAUGGCUCCUUGUUCUCACAGUGAAAAUAGAAGAAGCAGAUCCUGAGAGUAUUCUGAAAUAGAAGGUUUAAAAUACCUCUGUGAUCUCUUUUCUCCUUUUCCCUUUUCCCCGUCCAGCUGGAGGAAACUGCAAGGCCACAGCAGAGUACGAUGCUGAGGGUCCAGACGAGCUGAGCGUGGCGCCCGGUGAUUGCAUCAUCAUCGUGGGGCUGCUGGUGAACUGUUUUGAUUGGUUCACAGGGAAGAAGGAGGCCACAGGAGAAGUGGGUCUGGUGAAAACAAGUCUGGUGAAACCAUCAGAGGGCAUUUAUGAGUGAGUGAAUGAACCUAGCCCAGCCAAGCUUAAUUUUAGCUAGGCUGAUUUCACACAGUGCCCUGACUGGGUGGAAACUGCAGUUAUACACUGAGUCUUUAAAGGGAAAUCCUGUCUCUCUGCUCCAGAUCAGCAGAUAUUUUACUGAACGGAGAGGUGAGCACAUUCUUCAGUCUGGAUGAGGACAAAGUCGUGGAGGAGGUCACGGCAUGCCUGAAGGAAAGAUCUCAGUAUGAUACUGGACUGAACUACAAACUGGGUAAGACUGACAGACUCUCAAAGGUCCAGACUGAGUUUUUCAUCAAGUGUGUGAAAUGUGAAAAUACUGAAAUAUCUGAAUUCAGAUGGAGUUUAUGGAGGAAAUAGAAAAGAUGAUGGUGAAAGACGGUGAAGAAGAUGAAGGAGAUAAUCGAGGUGAUUAUGGUGAUCGAGGUGAAGUAGGUGAUGGAGAUGUUUAUGGAGAUGAUAAAGGUAGAGGUGAUGGAGUGAUAGAGAUGUGAUAGUGAUGAAGGUGAUGGGUGAUGGAGAUGAUGAUGAAGGAGGUGAUGGAGAUGGUGAUAGUGAUUAAAAUGAAGGAGGUGAUAGUGAUGAUGGUGAACGAGGUGAAGGAGGUGAUGAGAUGGUGAAGGAGGUGAUGGAGAUGGUGAUGGUAAUGAUGGUGAAGGAAGUGAUGGUGAAGGUGGUGAUGGAGAUAUUGAUGGGGGUGAUGGAGAUGGUGAUGUGAUGGUGAUGGAGAUGGUGAUGGUGAAGAAGGUGAUGGAGCUGGUGAUGGUGCUAAUGGUGAAGGAGGUGAUGGAGAUGGUGGUGGUAAUGAUGGUGAUGUAGAUGGUGAUGGUAAUGAUGGUGAAGGAGGGGAUUGAGAUGGUGAUGAUGGCUAAGGAGGCGAUGAAUACAAUGGUGAAGGAGGUGAUUGAGAUGGUGAUAGUGAUGAUGGUGAAGAAGGUGAUGGAGCUGGUGAUGGUGCUGAUGGUGAAGGAGGUAAUGUAGAUGGUGAUGGGGCAGGAGUUGAUGGAGAUACUAAAGAUGGUGAAGGAGGUGAUGGAGAUAGUGAUGGUAAUGAUAGUGAAGGAGGUGAUGUGGGUGAUGGAGGUGUUUUUGGAUGGAGGUGAUUGUCUGAUGCUCAUGUGUUUUUGUUUUUGUAGAUGUGGCUCAUCACACAGACUCAGAGAAGAAAAGUCAAGGUGAGAUGGUCUGGAUGGACUCAGGAUCUUGAUGUUCUUUGGGUCUGUGUUUAAACUCUGUGUUUUCCUUUUUUCCUCUCAGUCAGCUCUUCGUCCCUCUCUGACCUUCAUCAGUCUGACUUGAGCACCUGCAUUCAGAGGAUUCUGGACCAGCAAAGAGACCUAUCACAAGAGUCUGGACCUGUGACUACAAACAGAACUCAGGAGGUCUCCGUUCUGGACUCAAAGACUGAAACUCAGACUCUACCUUGUUUCAGGUCUCACCCUGUUGUUGAAGGAAACUGCAACUCUGAGGACUUUAUCCCCCUCUUUUCUUUCCUGGAGGGUCCAGACUUCCGACCCGAGCUGGGCAUCUUGUAUGGACUGGGCUCAGGCCUCCUGGCCUCCUCGGCCUUCGUAGGUCACUGCGACGAAGAUGAGCUGAUUGCCUUCCUUGCUGCUGCGAGGGAAACAUCCAGGAAGAAGAGACUGUUCUGGGCUCAGACCCGCCUGUGCUUUCUGCUGGGUAAACUGUGUGCUGGAAGGUCAAAGUUCAGCCAGGCUCGGGUUUACUUAGAGGAAGCUCUCAGCGUGCCCAAAGAUGGUUUCUCAGACCUCAGGCUGCUAGCAAGCGUCUACUCCAACCUGGCAGGCAUUUACCUGCUCCAGAAUAAUGCAGAGAGCUUCUUUGGCGUGGCAGAGAGGCUGGGUGCUCUGCUGUUUGGGAUCCCGGACUGUCUGCAGAGUUUAGAGGAGGACUCUGCCCUGAUCUACAUCCUGAAGAAAUCCAUCCUCUCUCAUAACACCAUCGCAGAGGCUCGAGCCUGUUUUCUUCUGGCUCGGCACCAUUGGAGCCGCUCUGAGGGGGCUCAGGUGGUCCCCUACCUGGAGAGACUCCUUGUCCUGGGUGCUGAGGCCCAGAAGACAUGGAGCCUAUCUCUCAGUCAUGGAUACCUGACCCUGGGGAGGCUUUACACUGAGCUGGGACUCCUUCAGCUCUCUGUGAGCUCAGCCAGGACAGCCUCUCUGCAGCUAUCCGCUGUGCUCACUGACCGCGUGAGCAGCACGCUUCUAGCUUUAGACAGUAUCAGCAAACUCUCUGAAACCACAGAACCAGAAACCUCUAUCCCCGCACAGCUUGCUCCGUUCUUACACCUCACCCUGUCAUCCAUGAAAGACCUACAGCCAGGACCCAAGCAGCACCAAGUCCUGGUCCAUCAGCUCACCCUCUCACUCUGCCAGCUCCUGUGUAAGCACAACAUGCUUGGACAUGCCAUCAGACACAUGCACGCCCUCAUCAGUAACAGACAGCUCCCCUCCUCCACCUCAGAGAGAAACAGCGACCUCAUCUGGCUGGCAUGGCUUCACAUCAACAACAACCAGCCUGAGGUGGCUCUGGAGAUCCUGGAACUGCUGUUGGACUCCAUGCCAGAACACUGCACCACACUUCAGGAAGGUGGGCCAGGUUUAGAGAGAUUUUAAAGUCCUGUUGAGUGAUCAGUCAGUUGUUCUGUUACCUAGAAUUUAAUUUACAUAUAAACACAAAUACUAUUAUAAAUAAAAAUAAAAAAAUAUACACUUGAAGAUAUAAACAUAAAUAUGAAUACAAUAUAAAUUUAAAUAUAAAUUUACUGUAUAAAUAUAGAUAUAAAUAAAUAAUAUGAAUAAACAAUAAGAAUAAAUAAUAAUCUAAAUGAUAUCUUAUAAUAUUAUAUUAUGUUAUAUUAUAUUAUAUCUAAAUUUGAAUAUACUAUUAAUAUAAAUGUAACUGGUUAUUUUAGGUACAACAAAAAAAACAAGGAGCACCAUCACUCUCCUUAAGCUCCACCCACAUGCCCAGUUAUGGUCCCUGGUUGCUCAGCUACAGUUAACACUGUUAUGAUUGGUGUAGGUGUGGUCCUGAACAUGCGUGGCAUUGUUCUACGGCGUCUGGGUGACCUGCGGAAGGCUGCAGAGAGUUAUGAGGCCGCUGUGGACAUUUGCCAGGAGUACGAGGACAUGGCUAACGGGGCCGUGGCUCAGGCUAACCUAGGUAAGAUGCUUCAUGCUAAAAGUUAACAUCAUUAGUCAGGUGACCUGACUCUGUGUCCUCCUCUUGCAGGUCUGUUGAGUCUGAAGGCGGGCGCCAAAGGGCUGGCUCAGAGACAGCUGACAGAGGCAGUGCAGCUCUUCUCUGAGUUCCAGGAUGAAGGUCAGGUGGAGAACUUCAUCAGUGUUCUCUUGCAGCUGGGACAGCUGCACCUCAGCCACGAACAGGUGCAUUAUGGGAAAGGAUGCUUCGAAUGGGCGCUACUGCUAGCUAUCAAAGCUAACCUGUUGGAAUGUGAGUAAACCCAACCUAGCCAUGACCCCACAGGUCAGCUGACUGCCUGUUUCCUGUCCUUUCCGGGUCAGCUGACUGUCUGUUUUCUGAUUCUUGUUCUCUACAGGUCAGCUGACUGUCACGGCUCACCUGGUUCGUCUUUAUGGUUCUGAAAGUCCAGACCAAGUCCAGGUCCUGAUCUACAGUCAACAGCGGGUCCACCUGCUGGGACUCAGUGGGGACAGAGGACAGGAAGGAGAUGCUCUGGAGGAGGUCAGCAGACUUUACCUGAGCCUGAAGACAGACAGGUGAGAGGAAGGAUCCAACACACACCUGUGUGAGGGGAGUCAGUGAGUCCAGAAUAGAGGUCCUCUAAUCUGGUUUCCACUCAUCAUAAAAGCAGCAACUGUUAGCGAGUUAGCUGUAGCAUCCCUCUGAGAUUAAAAAUUGUUAAUGAAUCAGAAACAUUGUUAGAGUUUCUGAUCAGCUCAACAUUGAGACCUUAUCAAAAUAAAAGCGCCAUAGUUUCUGAGGUAAUGUCUCCUCUGAAGAAGUUUCAGUCUCUGCUGAUGUGGAUCAAUGCUGAAUCUGGACAUCAUCAGAAAAGAAUAAGGAUGAAGAGUUUAUUAUGUUCACUUGUUUAUGAAUUCAUCUGUUGUUUGGCUGUCUUUAGGGCGUACAGGGCGGCUCUGGACCACACCAAGACCAGCCUGGGUAUUUUCAUCGACCUGGGCUGGAGGGAGAAGGAGGCAUACGGCUGGCUGCAGGCCGGAAAGAUCUACCACCUACUGGGUCAGACAGAGCUGGUGGAGCUGUACCUGCAGGUCUGAACACACCUGAUCUGGUUUGUCAUAGAGGGACUCUAAGACUUUAAAAACCUCUUAAUCAUUUAUAACUGUAUUAAUCCUCCAUGUACCCUAACGCCUGCAUGUCUGUGAGUCUGUGUGUCUCAGUGUCACUGUGUUUGUGCUGACAGGCAGCUCAGGACGUGGCUUUAAGCUCCGGAGACACAAGCUUUAUCCUGAAGCUCCUUGAAGCUGCAGGAGACAUUUUCUUCAACAGCCGACAGGACAGAGACAAAGCCAUCACCUUCUAUAGGGUACAGACUAAAAAAACACAGACGGCACAGACCGACUGAAAAACACAGACUACAGAGACUAAUUAGAGAUAAAAGAAGAAACACAUACUGCUCUGACUACAUACAUACUAAAAACCACAGACUACACAGACUGAAAAACACAGACUACACUGACUAAAUACAGACUGAAAAACACAGACUACAAAUACUAAAUACAGACUGAAAAUCAAAGACUAAAUACAGGCUAAGAAACAAAGACUGAAAAACGCAGACUACACUGACAAAAUUCAGACUGAAAAACACAGACUAAGUACAGACUUAAGAAACACAGACUACACUGACUAAAUACAGACUGAAAAACACAGACUGAGAAACACUGCUGAAAUCACAGAAGGCAUUACGCAGAACAGACUGAAAAACACAGACUACACUGCCUGAGAAACACAGAUUACAUUGACUAAAUACAGACUGGGAAUUACUGCUUAAACCACAGAAAAACUGUCUCUCAUUGACUCAUGUCUCUGUCUGGUCUCCUCUUGUUUGUCUCUGUGUCUGUCUCUCUCUCUCUCUAUUGAGUGUAGGACCGAGCUCUGCCCAUCGCGGUGAAGAGUGGUGGUGUGUCAUCGCGUCUUCGUCUGUGUAAUAAGCUGACUGAACUGAUGCUGGCUCUGAAGAUGUUUGAGGACGCCGUGGAGUUCGCUCAGACCGCUCUGGACAUCAGCAUCACUCUGGGUCAGUGUUUUUUAGAUUUGGUCUACAGUAUAUCUAAAUGUUUGUUUUCUGUCCUCACACUAAUUCCCUAAAUCAUUGAGGGUCUGGUCUAGGGUGUUGUUGAUCCUUUAUUUAGGACCAGCUUUUAAGCAGACUGCAUUAACAGGUUUCUGUGUUUUUGUCCUGUGAGCUGCAGUCCAGAUAGUUUAAGACUGAGAUACAAAACUUAAUGUUUCCGGCAGAGCCCAACUUGUUAGAAAUGAAGAGCUGUGAUUGGCUCAAUGUAAACUAGGUAAGAGACCUGUCUGAACAGGAGGAGGGUCCAACUAUCUGACAGUGAUCAUUAAAACUUGUCUCUAAGGUUCCCCUGAUUCACCUGGUUCUCAGUGUAGAAACCUCAGAGGCAGACAGUUGUCUGAUUUCAGGAGCAGGGUGAUCUACCUGUUCAUGUGUCAGUCUUUGUGUUUGUUUGGACACUCAGGUGACAGUCUGAAUGAGCGUGUGGCGUACCACCGACUGGCGUCUCUGUACCACAGUCUGGACCAGUAUGAGCUGGCUGAACACCACUACCUGAAGACCCUGACGCUGUGUCCUAGCCCCCUGCUGUUUGAUGAGGAAACCCUGUACUAUAUGAGGGUGUACCAGACGCUGGGGGACAUCAUCUUCUACGACCUAAAGGUAAGGUUCAAGUGAUUCAUCCUGGAUCUUAUGUAGAGAGGAUGAAAUAUUACAAUCAGCAUCUCCACAAGGGGGCAGUCUCCAUAAGGGCUGGGCAAUAAACCGAAAAUUCACAGAUACCGAAAUUUACAACAAUAAUUGACGUCAUAUUCAAAGUCAAAAAAAUAAAUAAAUAAAAGUUGGUUUUGGAUGUGUAUAGGUAGGCUAUGGUCUAAUGUCCCUUUAAAAUGCUGUCCUACAUUAGAUUCGUGACUCCACCCCAUCCAGUCCGUAACAAAGAGGGAAAGACAGGUGAGGAGAUGGAGGACAGUUCAAAAGUUGUAGCGGCUGAAGUAGACGAAGUUAAUGUGGGAGGGGGUGAGCAGCUUGUGGAGUAGUUAUCGUCCAUUUAUCAUUAUCGAGGUGAACUGCUCAAUAUAUCGUGAUAUUGAUUUGAGGCCGUAUCGCCCAGCCCUAGUCUCUGUAAAGAAGGCAUAACAGUUCUACCAAGAGUCCAGCCCUGAGAGUCCACCUGACAGCCCAAUGGUUCUGGUUCUCUAAAGCACAAAAACAGCUCCUUCUCUUCAUUGGCAGAGGAGAAAGAUAGCAAAACAUCUUCACUUUCCUGGUGUCCUCUCUCAUCCAAACACUUCUUCCUCUGACCUCCUCAAGCAUAAACACAACAUCUGAUCAAUAAUUGGUGAAAUCCAAAUCUUCUGUCUGACAUACUGAUCUUCACAAUGACCACAUUGACAUUAUACUGAUGACGGAGGCUUUACUGUCAUGUCUUUACAGGACCCGUUUGAUGCUGCAGGUUACUACCACCUGGCUCUGGCUGCAGCCAUGGAUCUGGGUAACAAGCGGUCUCAGCUGCAGCUCUGCACGCGCCUCGCCACCAUCUACCACAACUUCCUGAUCGACCGCGAGCUGUCCCUCUUCUUCUACCAGAAAGCCCGAGCGUUCGCUGCCGAGCUGAACGUCCGGAGGGUCAACAUCUCACCUGACCAGCAGCAAAGCAGCAGCUUACAGGUCAGGGCCUCCAUGAAACGAUGA